AAACAGAAUCUGCAAAGCAGUGUAAUCUCUGUCAGUGGGGACCAAUGGCCUCUUUUAUUAUACGCCAAUGAGGCUUACGAUCCAGACGAUCCCUGGAAUGGCCUGCUCAGGACACGCCUGCUAAUAAAUGCAUUUAGGCAUGUAUUUACUUUGCCAAGUUCGGUUGACAAAGAGCCCAAGGCUACAAGAGCUGGAAAUGCCUGCCUUCACGGUAUGACUGCUGUUACCGCUGCUUCCAUAGCAUAUGUAGCGACCCAGGUUUUUAAACUGCUUAGAGUUAUCCUUGUAUUCUCUCGCACAGACAUGUCAACCGAUUCAGAGACAUUUUAUCACUCUCUUCUGGACCUUUUAGAAGAUCUAGAUGAGCAGGGAGAAGUAACAGAACUGCGGGUCUGGUGGAAUCGUCAGAUCUUUCCUACUUCCUCAGCUGCAAAAAGGACCCUCAAAACCAACAGCCCGCUGUCUAAGAUC